AUGGGUAAAAUCGAGCCCUUAGUCCACAUCUGAGAAUGCAGAAUCUGGAACGGAAACUGCUAGAAGGGUCAGAAUACAAAAACAGCCUCAGUCUGGCCCAAAAUCAUGUUUUACCUGAAGGGUUGUGUACGGAGGAGAAAACACAUCCCUACUCACAGUGUGGAAGAGAAUUCAUGAAGAAAGACAGUCUUGGCGACUGUCAAAGAGGGCACACUGCUGAAAAACCGUACGUAUGUUUAAAAUGUGGAAAGAGCUUCAGUCGUAGCCAAAACCUUGCUUCACACAACAGAAUCCAUACAGGAGAAAAGCCAUAUAAAUGCUCUGAAUGUGGAAUAAGCUUCAGUCAUGGUUCAAACCUUUCUUCUCACCAAAGAAUUCAUACAGGGGAGAAGCCAUAUAAAUGCAACGAAUGUGGAAUUGGCUUCAGUCAGAGCUCCAACCUUACUUCUCAUCAAAGAAUCCACACAGCAGAGAAACCAUAUAAAUGUUCAGAGUGUGGGAAGAGCUUCAGUCACUAUUCAACCCUUGCUUCUCAUCAGAAAAUCCACACCGGGGACAAACCUUACAAGUGCCCAGAGUGUGGAAAGAGGUUCAGUCGGAGCACAAACCUUAUUUCCCAUCAAAGAAGUCACACCGGGGAGAAACCAUACAAAUGUUCUGAAUGUGGAAAAGGCUUCAAUAGAACCUCCACUCUAGAUUCCCAUCAAAGAAUACACACAGGGGAGAAACCAUAUAAAUGCUCAGAAUGUGGAAAGAGCUUCAGACACAGCUCAGCCCUAAAUUCCCAUCAAAGUAUCCACAUGGAGCUCUAGAUGUCUAAAUGUCUAGAGCACAGAGAGCUUUUUUUGUAGCUGAAAAUUUAAGAGACAUCAGACUCAGUUUCAUUGUGUGCCUCUAGUUAUUAUGGGAGGGUGGGGAAAAAAAACUACUUUCUCUACCCCGUGCAUAAUUAUAUAAACCUCAAUCAUAUCUCCCCUUAGCUGUCUUUUUUCUAGACUGAAAAGACCUAGACCCUUUAGUCUUUAAUAUAAGAACAGCCCUGCUGGAUCAGAGCAAUGAUCC